GGGCCGUCUCUCACCAUGGAAGAACCAAGACUCGGGCCCAGGAGAUACCAAGUGCAGAACAGCUUGGAUUGGUAUGAUGCUGUUCCUAUCCAGUCCAGUGUGGUUUUAUGUUCCUGCUCAUCUCCAUCAAUGGUGAGGAACCAGGUGGAUUCCAGCCUUCAACCUGCCUGUGGCAGCAGACAGGAACUGAAUAUGGAGAGCACUUUGCAACAGCCUCCACAGCCUCGAAAGAAACGCCCAGAGGACUUUAAGUUUGGGAAGAUUCUCGGGGAAGGAUCUUUUUCCACAGUUGUCCUGGCCAGAGAAUUGACCACUUCCCGAGAAUAUGCCAUUAAAAUUCUAGAGAAACGGCAUAUCAUCAAAGAGAAUAAGGUCCCCUACGUGACCAGGGAGAGAGAUGUGAUGUCCCGCCUGGAUCACCCUUUCUUUGUGAAGCUCUACUUCACAUUUCAAGAUGAAGAAAAGCUUUAUUUUGGUCUCAGUUACGCUAAAAAUGGAGAGCUUCUAAAAUACAUCCGAAAGAUUGGUUCAUUUGAUGAGACAUGUACAAGGUUUUAUACUGCUGAAAUUGUGGCUGCAUUAGAGUACUUGCACGGAAAGGGAAUUAUCCAUAGGGAUCUGAAGCCAGAAAACAUCUUGUUAAAUGGAGAGAUGCAUAUUCAGAUUACGGACUUUGGGACAGCAAAAAUAUUGUCUGCAGAUAGUAAACAAGCACGGGCAAACUCCUUUGUAGGGACAGCCCAGUAUGUGUCUCCAGAGUUAUUAACAGAAAAGUCUGCCUGCAAAAGUUCUGAUCUUUGGGCUCUGGGCUGCAUCGUGUACCAGCUUGUAGCAGGGUUACCACCUUUCCGAGCUGGAAAUGAAUAUCUCAUAUUUCAAAAGAUAAUCAAACUGGAAUAUGAAUUCCCAGAGAAGUUCUUUCCCAAGGCAAAAGAUCUUGUAGAAAAGCUUCUGGUUCUUGAUGCUACCAAACGGUUAGGAUGUGAAGAAAUGGGGGGCUACGGACCUCUGAGAGCCCACCCCUUCUUUGAUUUCAUCACCUGGGAAAAUCUGCAUCAUCAAACCCCACCCAAACUCACAGCCUACUUGCCCGCCAUGUCGGAAGACGAUGAGGAUUGCUAUGGGAAUUAUGACAACCUCCUGAGUCAGUUUGGCUGCAUGCAAGUUUCCACCUCCACCUCUUCUCAGUCACUGUCUUCCCCAGAAAUGGGUCCCUUGCAGACUUCUGGAAACAACAUAGAGCAAUACAUCCAUGACCUGGACAGCAAUUCCUUUGAGCUGGACCUCCAGUUCUCUGAAGAGGAGAAAAGGUUGCUGUUGGCAAAACAGACUGGUGGGAAUCCUUGGCACCAAUUUGUAGAAAACAAUUUAAUACUGAAAAUGGGGCCCGUAGACAAGAGAAAGGUAAGUUGCUUGGUCCUGUUGCUUCUGGGAACACAGCACCGGAAUCCAGAUGCCUCUGAAUAUUCAAUCCAGGGAGACAGAGCGUGGGGACACCUUCCAGUUCCUUUGCCACAUGGGUGCCAUGAAAGAGAAAGGCCUCGGGGAGGGGCACUAAGCAAGGGUCACCCUGGGUGUGGUGUAAUCCUGGAAAUGGGGAUGCAUUGAGUUGUGAUGGCCAUAGAACUCAAGGCACGUAAAUUUCUUGCCUGCUGGAAGAUAGUUCUAGAAGUCUUGGGCCAGAGUUAGCCAUUGUAGCCAACCUCUGCAGCAGUGAUGGGAGGCAGCUCUGGAACCCCCAGGUCUUUUAUGUGGAGCAAUCCAGAACCAAAUCGGCAGGUCACUUGUUCUGGAAAUUGUGCUCUGAAUGCUCGCAUUGUAACGACAGCCCAAGGACGUCUUUGCUUUGGCUGCUUCUGAUAGUCUUCUGAGUGGUAGACGAGCAAGUCUUUGAAAAAUGCCUCUGCUGCAUUUGGGAGGCAAAGAAAACAAUCCCCCAAAAGCUGCCUUAGCUGCAUAUUCAGAGUCUUGGGUUGAUCUCUUAAGAGGUAAAUUGUUUAGGAAGAGGCAUUGGUGAAUGACUACAGGUACUGUAACCAAAGCGGAUUACUAGCCACAUAAAUGGUGUUUUGGUUGCACUUAAGUUCUUGGGUAUAUGUAAUAAUAAAUGAACCAUAAUACAUGGCAGUACCUGGAGACACCAAAGCAGAACAGAAAGAAAUGGGGGAGGGGUGUCACAAAAUUCAAAGAGCUGCAAAUAGGAGAACAGCAGCUAUGGCAAAAGAAAGCAAAGAUAGUACCAAUAAUAACAGGCGCCAAAACAACUGGAGCACCACUUGAACCUCAUCAGCAGUGACAAAAUCCUCAUCAAUUAUUUGCACAAGGCAGCUUUCCUUGGAACAGCUUAAAUCCUACGAUGAAACACCAUCAAACAACAGCAACCAGUUAUCCCAGUUCUUGGGAAGGGUUUGAUAGGUGAAUGAAAGUGAUUAAAAUUCAGCCUAAACAUCUGGCUGACUGUGUGGUCAGUGUGAUCAUCAUCAUCAAUUGGACACAUAGCCUCCAAAUCCAAGAGAAUCAAGGAAGCUUAUAAUAAUGAAAAUGGCAUUUCAGAGGGUAGGGAGCAGCAGCAGAGGAAGCACAGCCCAAAUACUGGCAUUUUAACUGGAAGGGAACCAGAGCAUGACAGCUGCUGAUAUCCUGGGUGAUGGAUGGCUUACACGAAGAGGGGCAGCAGGAGCAUCUCUGUUAGGGGAACCUAUCCAUUGAUUACUAUCCAUGCCUGGCCAAAGGUGUGGGUGCAUAGUAGGGUUCUCCUAACCAUAACUCAG